GAUCGACUAUUCACGUCCUAUUUGCUUUUUCCAAUUUUUCAUUCUCUAGUAAAUUUCUUCCCUAUUUGUUCUCUUCAAUUAUUCUACGGCGAUUUUGCAGAGUCCACCUGCCCUCCAUCCAUCUUCCAUCUCCAUUCGCACAAAUCCAAAUCGCUUUGUUCCUCUCCCAGCACCUGUUCUCAUCCCCAAAUCUCUUUCUACGAUCAACAUAAUGGCUCACAACAACACCGCCAAUACCCUCGGUUUCUCUAAUGAAGAUCAUGAGGAAUCGAGCGCUCUCUUGAACAAGACGAAUACCAAGGAAGAACAAGUAUCUGUUAAGAAACACACUAAAGUAUUGGCGACCACCAACACCAAGCCUACCGCCUCAGUUUCUCCAACGGCGAAAUGGACGGCGGUGGAGCAGGGAGGUUCCACCGUGGAGAAUGGGUGGACGGCUAAUGGGUUGCCGUUGGUUCACAGAAGCGUUGUGGGGGAGCCCAUGGGCAGGGCACAAUGGGAUUCAGGGAUCUGUGCUUGGUUCGGCCGGAACGACGAAUUUUGUAGCAGCGAUCUUGAAGUGUGUCUUCUUGGAAGUGUAGCCCCUUGUGUGUUGCAUGGAAGCAAUGCUGAGAGACUAGGAUCAGCUCCAGGAACAUUUGCAAACCAUUGUUUGCCUUACAUUGGCCUCUACUUGAUCGGUAAUUCUGUAUUUGGCUGGAACUGCCUUGCUCCAUGGUUUUCAUAUCCCACCCGCACUGCAAUGCGUCGCAAGUUUAACCUCGAGGGAAGUUGCGAGGUAGUGAAUAGGUCAUGUGGAGGUUGUGGAACCUGCAUUGAAGACGAGUUCCAGCUCGAACAAUGUGAGAGUGCAUGUGAUUUUACUACUCAUGUUUUCUGUCACCCAUGCGCCCUUUGUCAGGAAGGCCGGGAGAUUAGGCGCAGGGUGCCACAUCCUGGCUUUCAAUCUCAGUCCAUGUUGGUUAUGCUCCCUCCCGCUGAUCAGACCAUGGCCCGCCAGCCUUGAAUCACUCACCCUGAUCAUGCAUCCAAUUAGAGAAGGUCAUUAUUGGAUGUUGAUAUUUCAUACUUUUUCACCGCCCUCCUGAUCUUGCUUCCUCUCAGGCAGUGUCUGUCUAGUUUCAUGAUCCUUGUCAGAAGAGUAUAUGUUGAUAGAGGUGGUUGUCAUUCUUUUGUACUAAGCAUGUAAUGUUUACUAUAUUGUGCUCUUGCUACUUUGGAUUGGACGAAGGAUGUAGCGGUUACUUACUAUAACAUGCGUUCUUGCAGUAACAAGAAAAAGAUGAUGGAUGUAGUAGUAGACUUUGCUUGGAAAUUAUAUGUUAAUAUAAUGCAGUUCAGAUG